UUCAGACAAAAUCCUGAAACUACCUUUGAAGUGUAUGCAGAAGUAACCUAUUCAGGAAUCAGCUGCAUUGGGAAAGAUCCUGAGGUGCGGAGGCAAUUCCCAGAGGACUACAGUGACCAGGAAGUUCUACAGACUUUGACCAAGUUUUGUUUCCCCUUCUAUGUGGACAGCCAUGCAGUCAACCAAGUCGGGCAGAACUUUACGUUUGUGCUUACAGACAUUGACAGCAAACAGAGGUUUGGAUUCUGUCGCUUAUCUUCUGGGGCCAAGAGCUGCUUCUGUAUCUUAAGUUACCUCCCAUGGUUUGAAGUCUUUUAUAAGCUGCUCAAUGUCUUGGCAGAUUAUUCGGCAAAAGGACAGGAUAGUCAAAGGAGUGAGCUCCUGGAAACACUACAUAAACUUACCAUCCCUGAGCCAGGAACCUCUGUUCAUCUUGGAAUGCACUCUUACUUUACCGUGCCUGACAUCAGAGAGCUCCCUAGUAUACCCGAAAAUAGAAAUCUGACCGAGUAUUUUGUAGCAGUUGAUGUCAACAACAUGCUGCACCUCUAUGCCAGUAUGCUGUAUGAACGCCGCAUCCUCAUUUGUUGUAGUAAGCUGAGCACUUUAACUGCCUGCAUUCAUGGGUCUGCAGCUAUGCUCUACCCGAUGUUCUGGCAGCAUGUUUACAUUCCUGUUCUGCCCCCACAUCUAUUGGACUACUGUUGUGCCCCGAUGCCCUACCUCAUUGGAAUACAUUUAAGUUUGAUGGAGAAAGUAAGAAACAUGGCCCUGGAAGAUGUAGUGAUUCUUAAUGUAGACACCAACACACUGGAAACCCCUUUUGAUGACCUUCAGAGCCUUCCUAAUGAUGUGGUUUCUGCACUGAAGAACAGAUUGAAGAAAGUCUCUACAACCACUGGAGAUGGUGUUGCAAGAGCGUUUCUAAAAGCACAAGCAUCUUUCUUUGGGAGCUACAGAAACGCCCUGAAAAUUGAACCUACAAUCUUUGUUAAGGAACAAACAUCCUCCCACCUGUGCAUAACGGUAAGCUCACGGUGCGGGGCGAGGAGAGCAGUGGCGUGCGGGGAUGAGCCCCCAGGACGUACUGGGUUGCGGGUGGGCUGCCGGGACCGCCAGCCUGGGCGUCUGCUGCUCUCGCCCUGCCUGGGGAGAAAAAAAAAGGACAGUAGCAUGUUGCCAGUAGAGGGUCUGUUCUGCCUGAUCAACUCAAAAAUUCAUGUUGAAGGUGAACCCAUCACUUUUUGUGAAGAAACAUUUGUGUCCCAUCGUUCUGCUGUCAUGAGGCAGUUUCUUCAGAAUGCCAUUCAGCUCCAGCUCUUCAAGCAGUUCAUUGAUGGCCGUCUGGAUCUUCUUAACUCUGGAGAGGGCUUCAGUGAUGUGUUUGAAGAAGAGAUAAAUAUGGGAGAAUAUGCGGGUAGCGACAAAUUGUACCACCAGUGGCUCUCCACAGUCAGGAAAGGAAGUGGGGCCAUUUUAAAUACAGUAAAGACCAAGGCUAACCCUGCCAUGAAGACUGUCUAUAAGUUUGCAAAAGAUCAUGCAAAAAUGGGAAUAAAAGAAGUGAAAAACCGCUUGAAGCAAAAGGACAUUGCUGAGAAUGGGUGUUCUGCAGCACCAGAGGAGUCCCUCCCAAGGCCAGCGCCUUCGCCCUUGGUUGAGAAGAAGGACCCUAAAUUAAGAGAAGAGAGAAGGCCAAUCACAGUACAUUUUGGUCAGCAGCAAAGACUCCGUCCGCCUCGGCCACCGCCUCCAAAGAUACAGCGUUCAUCUAGGCCCGUUCGCCCGCCAAGACCUCAUGUUGUUAAGAGACCCAAGAGCAAUAUUGCUGUGGAAGGACGAAGGACUUCAGUUUCUAGUCCAGAACAGCCGCAGCCGUACCGAGCCCUGAAAGAAUCUGACAGUGCUGAUGGGGAAGAGGCCAUCAGUCCAGAAAAAUCCAAAGAGCCUCUGCCUCCAGGCCCUCUCCUCUCCAGCAAGGCCACAGAAGUCAACCUCCUUGAGGACAUUUUCCCUAACUUAGAAGUGGAAACGCAGCCUCAGCUUCUCAGCCAAGCUAAAAGCCUGGAAGACCUGCGGACUCCCAAAGAAGAGGGAGAUCAGCGGUGCACAUUUGAUUACCAGCGAAUGGAUCUUGGUGUGUCUGAGAGGAACAGGAUUGUGCCAACCAUGAAGCUGUCUCACCCUUACAACAAGCUUUGGAGCAUGGGUCAUGAUGAUAUGGCUAUUCCUACCAAGUAUUCCCAAAGCUCGCCAGAAAGGCCCUUGAGUGCACUUGGUAACAUGCCGCCAAUCACCAGGAGGCCCCGGAGCAGAGACAGCAUUCUGGGUCCUGCAGAAAAGGAUGAAUCAAAUCCUGUCAUUCAAGGGAACAUCACCAUUCCUAGGCCACAGGGAAGAAAGACUCCUGAACUGGGGAUAGUGCCGCCACCACCAGCACCCAGGGCUUCCAAGCAUCAGACUCCAGCUGGGGCAACGGAAAUUCUCACCACCCACGCUACAGGACGUAGCCAUGUGGUUUCAGAUCUUAUCCCAGAGCCCUUUGGAGUUGGUAGCGUGUCCUUAGACCCUGAAAUCCAGCAGUCUGUAAAUUACUCUUCUCAUCCAUCUCAGCUGUUGUCCAGUGCUACCAGCGCUGCUGAGAUGCUCCAACCUGUCAAGGUGAAGACAGAUAAUACAGGUAAUGAAAGUGACUACCUUCUAAAUCUCCUGGAUCCAUUAAAAACAGCCAGCUGGCAAAGCAGUGGCGCACAGCAAGGGCCCCGUGGCCUGCAAAGCUCCGCCACUCCACCUUCUGCAGCUAGCUUCGUCUCGGUGGCAAGUGACUUUGUGCCUCCUCCAGCUGCACCCUUUGUCCAGCCACUUGGUUACCCUUCCCCAGCACCACCACCUUUUUUACAGCCGUCUCCUAAUCCAUUUACACAAACAUUGCCAGGAGCCCUUUCAGUGUCUCUAGUUAGACCCCCAAGGGGCUCUUUCACCCCCUCUUUAGGUCACGCUUACAGCUCUAGCUUCAUAACACCUAAUUCUAGCUUCUACCCACCACAAAGACCUCAACCGCACAUUUCAACACUAUCCAUGCCAAACUUGUUUAGCCAGGCUCCGCCAGCGAGCUCCUUACUGCUGCAGAGCCACAGCCCUUCGCCAACAGGCUCUCUACAGCCACCGUGUUUAAGUGGUCCUUCUAAAACCAGAACGUUACAGGUGAGCCAGUCCAGCUCAAAGGUAGAUCCCAAACAAGCAGUAGCUCUCCUGUCUAAUGAACCCGCUUUGAUCCCUUCCAGGCCAGCUAAGGGCUUAGAGUCAGUGUUACUGUCCUCAAAAUCUGAGGAGACAAAAGAUCCAUUUGAAGAUUUGUUAAAAAAGACAAAGCAAGACGUGUCAUCCACACCAGGUAAGGUUGAACAGCUCAGAAAGCGGUGGGAAACCUUUGAGUAA